AUGCCAGCGAAAUGCAAAAUUCGCGAGCGCAUCGCGGCCUCCAACGGAGGGAGCGUUCCCGCACUCCCUGUGGGCGCCGUACGUGGCUACCGGUGCUUCCGCUGCUUCGAGACCUCCGACAAGAUCCUAAUUAGCUCUGCUUGCAAGCGCGCGUACUACCGCUCCAAAGAAUGCAAGAGGCUCGACUGGUCUCUUAAGCACAAGAAGCAUUGCGGUGCAUUCAGCCUGAUCGACUUGCAUGACACGGACUUGCAUUUCAUUAUCCAAGCACAAGCGUAUUGCGCAUCCUGUCGUCGUACAGCCGUUCAACUGGCAGACCGCAAGACGGCACUCAUCCCCUGCGACAAAUGCCGCCUGGUGUACUCUUGCGCCGAUUGCUCCUCGUCGCCCGAGCAUUCGCCUGCCAUCUGCGCGGCGUACCAGGACCACGCCCAGUUCGAGGACUUCCAGAUCGGUUUCUUUGAAGACAACGGGACCGUAUCUCCCGCAGCAUGCACUGAGUUCCCACGCGAGACACGGAAGCUUCUUGCGGACGCGGCCGGCUGGUAUGAUUACUGGGUUAAUAUAUCCAAUGCGCCAGGGGUCGCAGGUGUCGUCAAGCCCGACUUCACAGACCUCGAGGAGCAAGUGCUUCGACUUGCUAGUGAGGAUGAGAGGGUUGAAGCCGAGGGAAUGCGCAUGUUCUUUGCCUGCGCAAGCAACACGGCCACCAUGUCUCUGACCAUCCUCUCAGCCCUCGAAGACAUUAGCUGGGAGGCACCGCAGUUGCGCCUCCACAUCGUCGGCGCCACUGGCCGUGAACUAACUGCCCUCGCCAGCUUCGAAGAGAUACUUCACCUCACACCCAGUCUGCGCGGUCUGCACAUCACGGCUGUCGGGCCUGGUCUUCCUUCGGUUCUAGAUAAUGGAAGGAAUGGACACCAUUAUAUGCCUAAGAGCGAUCUCGAAUGCUGCCCCGCUUGCACAGCAGACGGCCGCACACGUUCCGUGUCCAUGUACCAAGGCCUCUACCACGAGUUUGCCAAGACGGGCGACUACGAGAAGCCUGACCUGGUUGUUCUUUUCAACAGCGGCUGGGUGGACGGCGACGACGCUUUGUCAGACUGGGAGCCAACGAUCCAGGGGCUGGUCGAGGACAAUGUCCCGGCGCUGUUCACGACGUAUAACGCCGGGGAAGCACAAAACGAGCAGAUGAGAAUGAGGGCGUUGGGUGCGAAGUUCUUGGUGGAGGUUGCGGAGGACAAGUGGAAGGGGUUGGUGCCGGAGCCAGAGUUCAUCGACGAGGAGUAUGGAAUGUGGCAUUACAAUGCUUAUCGGUAUGUUAUUCAGGGAAAGAAGUAG